AUUUUCUACUCACCUGAACUACUCACAGUCCUAUCUUCAUAACACCCUGUCAUCUCCAGUAUAUUGACAGCAUUAUGCAGAAAGGAUAAGGAGUUGUAUGCAUGAAAGUGGAGGCCAUUUGCACUAAUGUUCGUGGAGGAUCGGCAGAUCGUGAUCGAGUGGCACUGUAGCAAGAAAUUUUGCGGGAACGAUAUCCUCAGUCUUCCGGCAUUCUGGCAUCUGUAUAUAAGACCAUGACUCCAAAGACGACCCCAGAUCCAGACUGUUAUCUUUCCUUCAAACAUCCAUUACCCCCUCCUCGUCCACCUUAAUAUUCCUCUCCCCAAGUCAUGGCUGUGAACGGCUCUGCAAAGCAAGUCGAGCACCAAGUUUCAGAUCUCGAUGCCUCGAAGCUUAAGGUCAACCUGAGCGAGACGUUGAAAGAGAUUCCCCCUCCAGAGACUCUCACUUUCGGCCAAACCAUGACAGACCAUAUGCUGAUCUCAACAUUCCACCCUUCGACUGGAUGGUCAGACCCCGAGAUCAAGUCAUACGGUCCUCUGUCCCUCGACCCUGCCAGCUCCUGCUUCCAAUACUCCACCAAUGUCUUUGAGGGUAUGAAGGCAUACAUUGGGCCAGACGGCAAACCCAGGUUGUUCAGGCCGACGUUGAACAUGGCUCGUAUGACUCGUUCGGCCGGACGUGUUGCAUUGCCUCCUUUCGACACCGACGAACUGCUCAAACUUAUUAAGAAGUUGGUUCAACUCGAGUCUCGCUGGAUCCCUAGGACGAAGGGAUAUAGUCUCUACGUCCGCCCCACCAUAAUCGGUUCUCGAGCCACCCUCAGCGUAGGACCCUCCGACCACGCCAUCCUCUAUGUUAUCUGCAGUCCAACAGGACCCUAUUUCCGCACUGGCCACAAACCCGUGAGCUUGCUCGCAGUAGACGAGCACGUCCGUUCAUGGCCUGGAGGAACUGGUGGCUACAAGUUGGCAUUGAAUUACGCACCGACGUUGAUGCCUCAACAGUUGGCCGCAAAGUUGGGUUAUGACCAGUGCUUGUGGUUGUUGGGCGAGGAUAAGAGGGUUACCGAGGUCGGGGCGAUGAACUUUUUCGUUGUUGUCAAGCGGGACGAUGGUGACCUCGAUGUUAUCACCCCUCCUUUGGAUGGAACCAUCCUUCCUGGUGUCACACGAGAUUCCACUCUCGCACUCGUCGCUGCCCACCCAUCCCGAACCGUCCUGCCGAACCUGCCCGCAUCCACUAAGCUGUACGCUCGUGAGCAUCAACUGACCAUGCAUGAACUCGCAGAAUUGGCACAACAAGAUCGUUUGCUCGAAGCCUUCGGUGUCGGUACGGCCGCUGUUGUCGCUGGUGUCGGACGUAUUGGAUUCCAGGGCAAGGACAUCAACUUGCCUCCUCAUGAAAGCGGAUUAGGCCCUAUCGGACGUGCUCUCUAUGACAGGAUCGUAGACAUUCAGGAAGGAAAAUUCGAGUGGGAAGGAUGGUCUGUUGUUUGCGACCUUGAGUAAAGGCUUGCUUUCGUAUCAUGUGAAAUAUGUGGAGAUGAUCUAAAAGGCUCAUGAGAAACCGCUCAGACUGAUCUAACAAGUAGAGUAUAUCUAACCCUUCUGUAUAUCCGGUCUUUACGGGCCCGCAGACUAAUCGAGGAUAGAAGAAUAGAACCGAAUGUACUAUCGUUGUACAC